GGAUAGGCAUAACAUGAAAGAAAUAGAGGAUGGAUUUGAUCUGUUGUUGCCACACGUGGAAGUGAAAUGACUCCAGCAGAACACUGGUUGCAACGGAUUCCACCUAUUGUGAGAACGUGACAACUGCCUUGAAAAAGAACAGAUAUUUCUGCCUACCUCAGAUGGAACAUCACCUCUUGCUGUGUGCACUGGAAUAAAAGAUAAAGUAAACCAUUUUUUUUUUUUUUCAUGAUGGAUUGUCAAGAAAAUGAGUACCGGGACCAAUGGGGGCGCUGUGUCACCUGCCAACAAUGUGGCCCUGGACAGGAGCUCUCUCUAAGGAUUGUGGUUAUGGAGAAGGUGGAGAUGCGUACUGCAUAACCUGCCCUCCUCGAAAGUAUAAAAGCACUUGGGGACAUCACAGAUGUCAGACAUGCAUCACUUGUGCUGUCAUCAAUCGGGUCCAGAAGGCCAACUGCACAAAUACCUCUAAUGCUAUCUGUGGAGACUGUCUGCCCAGGUUCUACCGAAAGACACGCAUUGGGGGCCUGCAGGACCAAGAAUGCAUCCCGUGUACAAAGCAGACUCCUCCUUCUGAGGUUCAGUGUACCUUCCAGCUGAGUUUAGUGAAGGUAGACGCACACACUCUUCCUCCUAAGGAAGCCACACUUGUCGCACUGGUAGGAAGUCUGCUAGUGGUCUUUGCCCUGGCCUUCCUUGGACUCUUUUUCCUUUAUUGCAAGCAAAUCUUCAACAGACAUUGUCAGUGUGUUGCAGGAGGUUCAUUGCAAUAUGAGGCUGAAAAGGCAGUGCAGGAGGAUUCUCUUUUAACCACGCCACCUGGCCAGGAGACCAGUCCUGAGUUUCCAGCAAAUGGGAGCAUCUUUGAGAUCAAGCCCCUUAACUCCAUCCUGGAUGAUGACUGCAGCUCCACUCGCGGCUUCCCCACUCAGGAAUCCUUCACCAUGGCUUCCUGCGCCUCAGAGAGCCAUUCUCAAUGGGUCCAUACCCCCAUUGAAUGUACAGAGCUGGACCUGCAAAAGUUUUCCAGCUCUGUCCCCUGUCCUGGAGCUGAAACCUUGAGAGAGAACACAGCCGAACACUCAGGAGACAGGCUGGACCUCUAUGUACCUUUUGAAGUUCCCAGCCUUUAACUCUACCAAGGUCUCUUUCACUCUUGACAAGCUUGCCAGUGCUUGUUGCUGGGCUUUCCUGCUCUUCUUUUAUUCAACAACAGUAGCCGGAGCCUGGGAUGUAGGUCCUGCAAUAACCAGCACUCGAAAAUGGGGUACAGAGCCCCACACUACCAGAGGAUUGAUUCCCCAAUGACUGACUUUGAACACUUUUUGUUUUCUUAUUCUAGUCUGGGGAUCCAGAUUCCGUAGCCAUGGGACUACUGGGUCUGUUCUUUCUCUUUAAUUAAUUAUAGAAAUGAGGGGAAUAACAAUGAGUGAGGUAGUUUUCCUGCCUGUAUGUUUCCUGCCUAUAUUUUUUAACAAGUUGAUCU